UGUCAACGGGGUUCGUGGUGGGGGAAAGAUGUUUUCCUCCUUUCCUUUGCGGCUCUGUGAUGUUAAUGUAGUUAACGCUCGUUAUGGAGGGGAGCAUGCCGUGACACGACGUCCUUGAUCCAUUCACGCUCAUUUUCACACUCACACUCAUUCCUUUCGUUUUCGCAGUUCGAUCUCCUCGGCAGGUCAGUGACCUUGCAGGCCCGCCCUGCCGAGCCUGAGCCAUCUCAUGGGCCUCCGCUUGCUCUCCGGCGCGGCCCUCUGUGCUGCCGUGUCCGUCCAGGUCCAGGCGCUGGCCUUCCAGGGCCCGCGGCCGACAGACGCCUUCAACGCCCUUCCGGAGAACGGGUGGUCCCCCAAGCCGACACCAGGGCCCGACCUCCACGCGCUGCUUCGACGCCAGAACGGCCUUGCGUCGACCUACCUCGUGGCCCCGGACAACACCUGCGGCUUUGUCAAUGGCAACCCCAGUAUGUGCCUCUGACGACCCUACUCCUUCAUGUCUUGCUCG